AUGCAUCUGAUAGUUCGCGCGGCCCGUAACAGCCGAAUUAAUCCAACCACCACGACUCCCCCGGCUGUUGCCGCUGCUCUUUCGAACUCUGGCACCACGUCGUUGGGAAUUCCCGCCCAAAUUUUCCGUCGCUGCUUCUCCCUUCCGGAUCCCACUACCCCGUGCUCUGCCGUCCUCCACUCCUCGUCUGCCCGCCUUGCGUCAGCGUUACCGUCAUCUUCAUCGUCAUCGUUAUCGUCAUCGUCAGCAGCAGGAUCGUCUCUCGGUGUUGCCGCUCGUGGAUUUCUCCCGUCGUUCCAGACCUCCUCUGCAGCAAACUCCCCUCUCGCCGCGACUGCCGCCGCAGCAGCAGCAGCGGCAACGGCAGCAGCAACGGUUGCGCGCUGCGGGUCAACAGCGGCCGCCGUUGGAGCGAGAGCGGUCGGCGGACUGCCCUUGGGAGUGACGAUGAGGGCGCCCGCUGGCUCGCUGCCCUCAGGCGCAGCUGCUGCAGCCACGGCCGCCGUUUCCGCGCGAGCCACGGCGGCGGCUUUGGCGCGGGUUACGACGAAGGCGGCCACAGCGGCGCCGUUUGCUCGCUCGGCGGCGGGACUGCUGCACGUGGCGCGCUCCGUGCUGUCGCUCAUGGGCGCGGGACUCACGGCGCUCGCCGCCACGCAGCUGCUGCCGGGCGCCACCGUGCACGCUAGCGAGCGCCCGUCGUACUCUCCCGGCCUGCUGCACGUCCCUCCCACGGCGGCCCACGCGGCAUCAGCGACCGCCUCCGCCGCGCGCCUCGAGUCUACCAACCCCGCCGCAGAUUCCUCCGCUGCCGUUUCGGCGUCGUGGUGGUGGCAGAAGGCGACUGCGGACGGCCAGUCGCGGGCAGCGUCGCAGAUCCCGUCGCCAACGGCGUCGCACGUGCACUCCCCGCUGGCGUAUCGCUCGUCGCACGCGUACAGCGUGCGACGGAGCCACAGCCACACUGUGACUCCUAGCGCGUCUCACGGCGCGAGCCCUCCGCCAAGGGCGGGUUUAUUGAGCGCGGGCGGCCAUGGUUCCUUGUUCCUAGACUCUGGGUCUUCUCUCACUUCUUGGGCUCGCGCGUCCCAUCUGUCUCGCUCCUCCUCCUGCCUGCCGCCUCUCUCCGCGCCCACCGAUCUUCCCCCGUCCGCCUCCGCGGCUGCUGCUGCGCGCCGAGCGUGCUCCCCGCCAGGAGCCGCGCACUCCGCGCUUCUCAGUCCGCCGCCCGCGCCGUUCCGCCCGGCCCAGGAGGCGCUCCGCCCGCGCUCGCCGCCCCCGCUCAUGGCGCAAUCCGCGUGGGAUUGGCAGCUGUGCUCUGCAACGUCAGAGUUGACUCGUGAGGCUGGGCCCAAUCAGGCGAUGCUGGGAAGUCAGGGGGAGAAGGAAUGGGUGGAAACGAGUGAUGUGGGCGAACGACAUGUGCGUGUGCCGCUCUGGAAUGAGGAGCAGCAGCAGCCGCAGCAGCAGCAGCAGCAAGAGAUCGAAGGGAACAAGCGGGCAGAGCAAUAUCCACACGGGCAGGGGCACGGGCACGCAUAUGAGCUUCUAUCUUCACCCGCGGAAGCAGCAGCAGUGGCAGAGGCGCUGUGUCACUCGCAGUCGCGGGCGCGGGAGGCGGAGCAGGCAGCAGCAGAGGCGGAGAGCAGGCAGCAGUGGCUGGAGCAGCUGUUCUGGCAUGAGUGCACUCGCUCAUACUCCUUCCACCAGUGGGCGCAUAUGCUGCAGCUGCAGGUGGAGAGGGACCAGCUGCUCAUGCUGAUAGGCGCUGAGGCUGCUGCAGCAGGGGCAGCAGCAGGAGCAGGAGCAGGAGCGAGUGGGCCGGGCAUCAGCGAUAUGUCCGUCAGAGGGGUGUGCGGCUCACAUGGUGCUGAUGAUGGUGGCGGUGGUGGUUGUGCGUCUGGGCCAUCUGCUGCUAGAGGAGAUGCGACUGCUGGUGACAGGAUGGAGGAUUUUUUCCUUUCUGGACAAACGGCGGCAGUGGCGGCGGCGAGGGAGGGCGCGGUGAUAUAUAUCAAGACGGGGCGGUACGAGGAGCAGGUGCGCGUCACCGUGCGACGACUCACGCUGCUGGGCGACGGGCCCAGUCGCACGAUUCUGUCGUUCAAUCGCAGCCAGGCUGGGGACGGGGCGUCGCUCACUGAUUCACCCGUGCUAGGAGUGCAGAUGUCGGGGUUUGUGGCGAUGGGGAUUGCAGUGGAGAACACGGCAGGGGUGGCUGGCAAUCAGGCAGUGGCGCUGCUUGUCAAUGCAGACCGCUCCGCAUUCUACCAGUGCAGAUUCUCGGGUUACCAGGACACGGUGUUCGCAUGGGGCAAGCGGCAGUAUUUCCACAACUGCACCAUUGAGGGAAGCGUGGACUUUAUAUUCGGCUACGCCUCCGCUGUGUUUGACCGUUGCCGUCUGCGCGUGCGCAAGGGCCGCAACCAGAGCUACAUUGCAGCCUCGGGCCGAGCCUUGGCGAAUGAUACGGGUGGCUUCGUGUUCAUCGAUUCAAGAGUGGAAACUGCUGGAGCGACCCAAAUAGCUCUCGCACGGCCGUGGGGGAUGUGCGCCCGUACGAUCUACAUCCGGACAUAUCUUGACACGAACAUCAUGAAUGAGGGGUGGGAGGCAUGGCACAAUCGCAUCAACAGCCGCACUCCCUACUUUGCAGAAACGAGAGCAUUCGUUCUUUCACCACCGUACACACUGCGUGUCGCCACCAUGACCACCGUCGACGCCGAGCUUUUCCAGCAGAAGGAGAGGAAUCCCCUCGUGCUACUCGGCGCGUUCACGACGGCAGCAGUGCUGGUGGCGGGGCUAGCGUCGUUCAAGCAGGGCAACGACAAGCGCAGCCAGAUGCUCAUGCGCGCGCGCGUGGUGGCGCAGGGCGGCACGGUAGCGCUGAUGCUGGGAACCAUCGGACUGGGCGAGUUCCAAGAGCGUAUGCACAACUUCUCGCAAAAAUUCCUUUCUCCUGCCUCAAAAGAAAAGCCAAGCUCGCAACCCUAG